UGGGAGAGGAGCGGCGAUGCUCUGCUCGCCACGGUCCAUUCACUGCUGUGGAUGUUUGUCGGUACAAUAAGUAUCAAUAAGAUCAAAGCGGGCGCACGGAGGCGAGGAAGACGUGUGAGCGGGUCGGAGCGGAGACAGAAGUGCAUCGUUACAAAGGAGGUGGUGGGGGGUGGGGCUCAGGCUCUGGGGGGUCCUGGACCAUGCACCGCGCCUCCUCCCUCCCUAUGGCUGCUGAGCGCAGCCGGACCCGCGAACGCCUGGAGGCGAGCCUCGCAGCACUGUGCGAGCUGCAGCUCCUGAGACACCGACAGGAGCGCCUGGUGCUGAGCGCCCUGUCCCUGGGGCAGCCCGUCCUGGGGCAGCCGCCCCGCUCCGCCCCCCCGCGUCCCAGCCGAGGGGGCGACCACUUGACUUUGAGACGCCAGUUGAGCAGCCUGCAGAGCGCCUCCUGGGGGUUGAUGGCAGCGCUGGAGCAGCAGGUGGCGGAUCUGAGGUUGGACUCCGAUCCGGCCUGCGCCGAUGCCCUCGAGGAUGUUGGAGACAGUCGGCCCAGCUCGGGGUUUUACGAGCUUAGCGAGGGCCAGUCUCCAGCGGGCGUGUCGGAAUCGUGCCUUUUCAGAGAAAUCUCUCCCAGCUUUGCCCAAGCCGUGUGGAUGGCCUUCGGGGAAAGAGCCAAGUCUGUUGGCGACAUCUUUGCUGCAAACCGCGAGAAUCUGCUAGAGUGUGGACCACGCAGCACAGUGCCACGUUCCUUCUCCGUCCCUCACACGUCCCUGAAGGACAUCGCAGAAGGGACAGAAGAGGAACAGUGGUCUUGGGAUUCUGACUACCAGGCUGGGUUUGAGGAUGGACCCACAGCAGAGGACUUUCAGCAUGCACUGCGGGUGGAGAGCUACAUCCUAGGCUUGAUUCAGCGCCGUGCUCUGGCCCCUCGGCCCAGCAAGCCCCGCACGAGCCUGGGAUCCGAGGCCAGGGCUGUCGCCAGGCAGAGCAGUCUUUGCAGGAAAGAGACUCCUUUCCUCCCAGAAUGUCAAGACCUGUUGAUAAACCCAGAUGGCCAGGCACAGGCCUGCUGUGGCUCACAGGAGGAGCAGUCCAGGGCUGUAGUCGCAUCCCAAGAGAACCUCCCUGUUCAGCUUUGUGCCUGGCCCACUCCUUCUCAUUCACCUGGCUUCCACUCGGCUUUGCCAGACUUUCCCAGUCAGGCACUGGAUCCUAACAGCAGUGAGACAGAGUCCCCCCAACAGUCCCAGUCUCAGAGCUGCCAUCAACCCCAGUCCCCAGCUCCAGAUGAAAAGUUGGUGAGCGCAAAGUACAUUCCUGGCCAAGCGUGCCGAACCCCCAUCCGAGCUUUUGCGCAUCGACUCCCCGUGCCUCCCAAGCUGGCUCGGAGUCCACACUCGCCAGACUGUUUCCCCUCAAGACCAAGGGCUGUCAUAAAAAAAUGCCGCCUUAGUGAGGAGCGCCCAACCUCCAAGAAACAGAGCCGAAAGGCCUCCCGCUCCCAGUCGGAAAACAGCCUGUUGGGACAGCGAGGCACCGGCGAGCGCAAGUAUAGUACCGUGGAGCGAGACUGGGGGAGAGCGAGCCAGAGCCGACCAAGACGGCCCCACCCAGUCACCGCAGGCUACCGCCGAUGGCGCUCUACCCAGGAGCUCAGUCAGGAUGAGACAGAGCUGCAAGGUUGCCACCCCUCCAGGCGUUCCCGGAAACCACAUCCUUCUCCUCUCUGCCUUUACACCCAUGGGAUGUCCGUUCCUCAUCGCCGAGCAGAGUACUUGGAGCGCGCACCUCUGUGCCGACCAGAAGAGGGAUACAGUGUAGCCGGCCCCGGAGAUACCGAAUCCAGCAUGAGCGAGGCCGACUCCCCGGGAUCAAGUUCUUUAUCUACUGACUCGGAUGAAAGUGGAGGCCUGGUGUGGCCUCAGCAGCUGUCUCCUCAGCAGGCCCCGUCCUCGUCUCCCAUGCAGCCCAAGGUAUUCGUCAAGAUCAAGGCGUCUCAUGCGCUCAAGAAGAAAAUUCUGCGAUUCCGCACAGGUUCCCUCAAAGUCAUGACCACCGUCUAAGGAAAAGAUGGUACUAUCCACACCCUGCCAUCCUCUUCAUCAUCCCCUGCUGCUCUUGCCCAUUUCAGGGCUAAUUGUGUGGAAAGCUAAGACCAACCACCCCCCAGCCCCAGCUCAGGUACCUUCAUGACCUCUGUUAAAUGCCACCACCUUCUGUGGUGGAGUUUCCUCCACUAGCUUUGUCUUCAUUAAACCCCAGUGCCAUAGCUUUCAUGGACUGGACCUACAAAAAAAACCUCCUGGAUCUGCUCCACAGAGGACGCUCUUGCUUCAUACCUACAUUGUGCACCUUCUGUUGUCACCAACAAUUGUCUCUCAGCUGGAAGUCCUUGUGAAUGCCAGAGUUUUGCCUAUUUAUGAAUGUAGAUUGUAAAUAAAGGUUUGUUACCCAAAACUAGUUUUAGGAUUUUAGAGGCUGCCAUUUCUGACACAAGCAGCUGUUAGAAUGAAAGCCUAACUAAAGAUCAUAAAAACACUGUACCAUCAUAUGAUGUCAUGAAUUACUUUUUUUGCAACUAGUGCUCUUUGCAGUCUGUUUACCUGGACCCAUUACACAAAGUAAAGUACAUGUGUAUAUAUAUAUAUAC